AUGGAACCCGCAGCUAUUUAGUUAGACAGCACAGCUAUUGAAGGGGAGCUGGAAGCACCUGAUGCUCAUCUCUGGGACAAUCCGCUCCAUGUUUCUGUCCUCUUAUCCGCGGCGAGAAUAAAUCUACCUCCACUGAGCUCCAUCGUUGUCGACAUUUUUUAUUUUUAUUUUUACCUGAUCUCCUUCCUUUUUUCUCUAUUUUUUUUUAAACCCAAUUGAUAAGGAGACUUUGCACUACUCUAGCCUUUAAAAAUCUGUUUACUGUGUUUUAGUUUUUAUUUUUGCACUAACGAUGCACACCACGCAAAAGGACACGACCUACACGAAGAUCUUUGUCGGCGGUCUUCCCUACCACACCACGGACUCAAGUCUCAGGAAAUAUUUUGAGGUUUUUGGUGAGAUUGAAGAGGCGGUGGUGAUCACCGAUAGACAGACCGGCAAGUCCAGAGGUUAUGGAUUUGUGACGAUGGUGGACCGCUCUGCUGCCGAUAGAGCAUGCAAGGACCCAAACCCAAUCAUCGACGGCAGGAAGGCCAAUGUGAACCUGGCCUAUCUGGGGGCUAAACCUCGGGUGAUGCAGCCAGGUUUUGCCUUUGGUGUUCCCCAAAUCCACCCAGCGUUUAUCCAAAGGCCUUAUGGCAUCCCGACCCAUUAUGUGUACCCCCAGGCCUUCGUUCAGCCCAGUGUGGUGAUUCCUCAUGUGCAGCCUGCAGCUGCCGCUCCCGCCGCCGCCACCUCUCCUUACAUCGACUACACCGGUGCUGCCUAUGCACAGUACUCCGCAGCAGCCAACGCAGCAGCUGCCGUGGCCUACGAGCAAUACCCCUAUGCUGCCUCUCCCGCUGCCCCAGGUUACAUGGCCACCGCUGGCUACGGCUUUGCUGUCCAGCAGCCUUUAGCCACCGCAGCCCCAGGCUCAGCGGCUGCUGCAGCUGCAGCUUUCGGGCAAUACCAGGCUCAGCAAAUGCAGGCCGAUCGCAUACAAUAGCAGCGGCUGCAACUGUUGCACAAGCAAAGAGAAGGACGAUCCACCGCUGGUCACAGCUGAAGUAUGACAAGGAUACAAGAAGACAGAUGGAGUUGCCUUGAUGGUUGAUCCUGUCAACUCCGAGAUUUAGUUUCCCUAAAAGUUAGUGGUGGUGAGGAUAAUAGUGAGGUGGGAUAGGAUCUCUCCAACUUGCUGUGCUUUAUCUAAACAAAAAGCUGAAAAUGAGAAAAAGGUCGCAGAACAAACCUAGGAAAUUAUCACUGUUGGUAUUACUAUGAAUACUAUUGUUUUUGCUACUGCCACUGUAGUAGAGUUUCUAGAGACGAAUGACAGGAAGACAGGGUGUUACACUGUUGGCCUUAAAGUCCUAAUGCUGUCUCUAACGUUAGUUUUGAGGAAUAGCCUCUAUUUUUCUGCCUGUCAUGUUUCCAAAGUGUUACUUGGUUAUUUAAUGCCCUCAUAACAUUUUUAUUUUAUUUAUUACUUUUGUUAAUAUCACACAUUGAGGGUUCUGCUUGUAUGUUUUGUUUUAUGUUUUUUUUUUUUUGAGUUGAUGUUUUCUGAUAAUCAGGGAAAUGAAACCGUUUCCAAUGUGUUUUUUUUUCUCUAAAGUUCGGUCUGGAAGUCUAGGUGUUGUUAAUCGUCAUGUGGAAAACACAUGUGAAGAACUUGCUGAAUAAUCUUCCUGAUGCUGAAUGUCCCAUUUACUUUUUUUUUUACUCAGCCUCAACCUCUUGACCUAUGCAAAGCAAACAAAUCAACAAAAGAGAAAGAAACUGAAAUUGUCAUCAGCUCUGACUAGACUCUUGGACUACAUGGAGGGAGGAGGGGGGGUUUGGAAAAGACAACAGAAACCCUGACAAAAAAGAGGGGGGGAAACAAUGAGAAACACUAAAUCUGUUGCUUCUCUACAUUUCACUUACAUUCAUGCAUCCAGAGGCAGCAGAGUGCUGAAAAGCAAAAGCAGCACAGUGGCGUUUCUCUCUGUGAUGGAGGGGGCAGCUGCUGGAGGGGGCGGGAUUGGUGGACGCAGCAGCUCCAGCGCUGCACAGAUGGAUCUCUCUGGAAAGAACGCACCGUUUGUUGAGCUGUCACAUUUUAAUCCCCGGCAGAGCCCUUUUGGGAACCGACAUUACACCCCUCCACCACCCCCCCACCCCCCCCCCCCCCCCCCCGGCACCCACCAUGACCCCUACCCCCCCUUCCUCCAGUCGUGUCAGCAUUUCCACCUCUGUGCUGCUGUAGCAGGGUGUCAGGUACGCACUCACAAUUUCUCCAAAGCUAACCCGACAACUAGCCUGGCUCACAUCUGUUAGAACCAGCAGGUGGGGGUUGGAGAAAAUAGGGGUUUCCUCAGUGAUGUCAUGUCGGUCUAUGUGCCUUACAUUAUUUUCAGCUAUUUAACUUAGAGAA